AGUGAAAUUUGUUAGAUUGGUAAUAAAUGUAAUAGCUCUGGGCGGUAUAAGUGGACGUAGUAUUUCGCUAAAACGGGAGCCAAAAUGCGGGCUUGCAGACUGUGGCUGCAGCCGUGUGGUUUGAGCGCUUUGCUCUCUGGACGCUCGUUUUUCUCCUCCCCUGGCUUGCGCGCGCGUAAGAAGAGCAGUCACUACAGGGAUGUCGACUCUGAACACUAUUCCUCGCUGGUGAAAGCGGUGGUGUCUAUGAGAACCAGCUCUCAGACUCCAGAAAGUAUUGAAAACGAAGAUCAGUGGCUUUACGGAGCGAUCGUGAAAUGUAAGCCUCGGGAAUGCAGAGCGCUGAGAAACCCGUGGCCUCUGUUGAACGAUGUAAAACGUGUCCCUGAUGCAGAGAACGUGGAGGGAAUCAUGACUCAGAUAAGAUUACACAGAGCUUCAGAUCACGCCUCUAUACCAAGUGUAACAAAAAUACUCCAAAAGACAAUGUCAGCCCAGCAAGUAUUUUAUUUGGAGAGAUGGAAGAGAAGGAAGAUUGCUGAACUUGGUGUGGAAGGUUUCAAAGAAUACAGCAACAAUCUUUUCACACAGGGGAAAGUGUUGCAUGAAGCUGUUGAAGAAAUUUUAACUGGAGAAAAAUCCCUAACUGAAUACCACGAAUGUCUGGAAAACGUCUCUGGAUAUUUAGGAAGUCUCAGUUAUGUGUUGGAGGACAUUACAGGAGUCAAAGCCAUCGAGAGUGUUGUGCACCAUCGGCCCCUGCAGUACCUGGGCAUUGUUGAUUGUGUUGCCAUGUACAAGAAUUCCCUGUGUGCCAUAGAAUGGAAGACAUCAGAAAAACCAAAGCCUUUACUUUACAACACAUAUGACAACCCCUUGCAGGUGGCUGCCUACAUUGGAGCCUUAAACAGUGAUACUAACUAUAACUACCAGGUGGACAGUGGAUUAAUUGUUGUUGCCUACAAAGAUGGCUCACCAGCCCACUGUCACUUCCUGAAUGCAGACCAAGUAGUACAGUACUGGAAUAAAUGGCUUUUCAGACUGGAGGAAUAUAUGGAGCAUGAUAUGUCAACCAGUUCUAGCUAAUAGAUCAGAAGCAACGGUGUUCUGUUGCAAAAAAUGGUUUACAGACUCCAUGGAAAGAAGUGUUUUAUUUGAUCAACACCUGUCUGGAGUUGUUUUUUUUUUAUCUCCACAGAUGCUUUAUAAAAUACUUUAUUUACGUAUUUUAUAUAAUUUCUGCUAUACAUUAAAGUAAUACUUGAACUAGUUUUUAUUGAAUGUUGUGGCUAAUUUUGUGCAGCAGGAAUGAUCUCUGAUUUAUUGCUGGCAUGUGGUUUCAUCUCAAAUAAUGUAGUUAUAUGACCUCCUUUCUUGGCAAUCAUUUGUCAUAUUCAUAAGCUCUAAUUUUAGAAUAGUGUUUUUAUUUGUUGCAUUGUUUGCAUUUUAAAUAAAAUAAAAUAAAAAACU